CUGCAGUAUCUGAAGGAGACAGGGUUGAAGAGAAGAAUUUAGGGCACUGAAGUUGACAGGGCUCCCUUCUUAGUUUAGUUUAUUUUAAUUUAACUUUUAUUUUUUUUAUUUUAUUUUCUUUUUGAGGGGAUAAAGGGCUUGCUAUUUCUAGUUCACAAAGAAAGGCAGUAGGUGGCGGUAAUGCACCAGUUUGGAUGCCAGCCGCCUAAAACCAAGAAGAAGAAGAAGAAGAAGAAGAAGAGGUUUCUCAGCAUGCAACGGGGCUUAUCGUUGAUAGCAGCGCGAGCUGGAAGUAGACGGACCCGAGUGGAGUCAACGGUUUUCCGUGAGUUCGUGAACAUGUGAAACGUCGAAGUCCGAGGAGGAACGUUGUAGUUUAAUAGAGGAGCGCGAGCGCCAACGGAAACUACUGGACGCCAUUUUCAACCCAGAAGUUACAGCGAGCAGAAUGGCAAGAUGGCGGCUCCCGUGGUUGGAUUCAACGUUGGCGAUAAAGAGGAAAACACAUGCUGAGGCCGUUGGUGAAGCAGCACGUGGACGAGGUCGUCGACGAGGCGUUUGGGCUGUUGGACACGUUGACAGCAGCGUAUGAGGACAUCGUUUCUCGUUUAGGAGAACAUGAGCUACACACAUCAGGAGAAAUGCUGAGGCCGUUGGUGAAGCAGCACGUGGACGAGGUCGUCGACGAGGCGUUUGGGCUGUUGGACACGUUGACAGCAGCGUAUGAGGACAUCGUUUCGCUUUGGAGAACAUGAGCUACACACAUCAGACGUCCAGCGGCUGUUGGUGAUGAAACAAGAGGUUCCCCCUGAACAGCAGGACUGGAGCUCCAGUCUGGACCAGGAGAACCCAGAACCCCCAAACAUUAAAGAGGAGCAGGAGGACCAGGAGAACCCAGAGCCCCCAAACAUUAAAGAGGAGCAGGAGGACCAGGAGAACCCAGAGCCCCCAAACAUUAAAGAGGAGCAGGAGGACCAGGAGAACCCAGAGCCUCCACACAUUAAAGAGGAGCAGGAGGACCCAGAGCCUCCACACAUUAAAGAGGAGCAGGAGGACCAGGAGAACCCAGAGCCUCCACACAUUAAAGAGGAGCAGGAGAACCCAGAGCCUCCACACAUUAAAGAGGAGCAGGAGAACCCAGAGCCUCCACACAUUAAAGAGGAGCAGGAGGACCCAGAGCCUCCACACAUUAAAGAGGAGCAGGAUGAACUCAGGAUCAGUCAGGAGGGAGAGCAGCUUCAAAAGCUGGAGGAGGCUGGAAUCAAGUUCUCAUUCACCCCUGUAAAGAGUCAAUAUGAUGAUGAGGAAGCUCAGCUCUCAAAGUCCAUAAAAACUGACAAAAGAGAGGCAGAACAUUUGAAAACAGAAGCAGACGGAGAGGAAGUCAGAUCCACAUCAGAUCCAGAUAGUCCUUUACAACCAACUGCUGAUGAGAUGUCACAAUCCUCUGAAUGUGAGACUGAUAACAGUGACGAUUGGAAGGAGACUCCGGAACCUCAGUCACGUUUAAACCCUUUGGAAAACAAUGAAGUCCCUGUAGGUGACAUGGACUGUGGGACUGGAAACGCAUCAAUUAGCUCUUCUCAAUAUGCUGGAAGCUUUGGCCAAAAGAGACAUCCGAAGAGACACUCUGGAGCCACAACAGGAGUGACCAGUUCUUCAGUUUGUGGUAAAACAUUCAGACAAGUGCAACCACUGAAACAACACUCAACUGUUCACACAGGGGAGAAACUAUUCAGUUGUUCAGUUUGUGGUAAAAUAUUCAGCCGAGCAGGCAAUCUGAAACAACACUCAACUGUUCAUACAGGAGGAGAGAAAAUAUUCAGUUGUUCAGUUUGUGGUAAGACAUUCAGCCGAGCAGGCUAUCUGAAACGACACUCAACUGUUCAUACAGGAGAGAAACUAUUCAGUUGUUCAGUUUGUGGUAAAACAUUCAGACAAGCAGGCUGUCUAAAACGACACUCAGCUGUUCAUACAGGUGAGAAACUAUUCAGUUGUUCAGUUUGUGGUAAAACAUUCAGCCGAGCAGGCAAUCUGAAACUUCACUCAACUGUUCAUACAGGUGAGAAACUAUUCAGUUGUUCAGUUUGUGGUCAAACAUUCAGCCAAGCAGGCAAUCUGAAACAACACUCAACUGUUCAUACAGGUGAGAAACUAUUCAGUUGUUCAGUUUGUGGUAAAACAUUCAGACAAGCAAGCUAUCUAAAACGACACUCAGCUGUUCAUACAGGUGAGAAACUAUUCAGUUGUUCAGUUUGUGGUAGAACAUUCAGACAAGCAGGCAAUCUGAAACGACACUCAGCUGUUCAUACAGGAAAAACAAAUUAGCGUUCAGUUUUCUAUAAAAGAUUCCCUCUUCUCUGAUUUUAAAAGAAAUCACAAUUGCAUUGUUGAGAUCAUCAGAAAUAAAUGAGACAUUGUUGUUGAUGUUA